CCGGUUUUUAAAGUUUGACAAAAUACGAAGAUGAGCUGAUUAAAACCUGUUUUACGCAUUAUUAAAGCUAAAAGAACAUAUUCCCAUCUCAUAAUCAAAAUAUGGAUUAUGACUUCAAAGUCAAACUAGCCAAUGAACGUGCGAAAGUCGAAGAUUUGUUUGACUUUGAAGGGUGUAAAGUUGGCAGGGGGACAUACGGCCAUGUGUACAAAGCAAAAAAGAAAGGAGCCGGGGAGGCACGCGAUGCUCGAGGAGAAUAUGCUUUGAAACAGAUUGAAGGAACUGGAAUCUCAAUGUCAGCUUGCAGGGAAAUUGCUCUAUUACGAGAGUUAAAGCAUCCAAAUGUGAUCAGUCUCCAAAGAGUGUUUCUUUCCCACAAUGACCGCAAAGUAUGGCUACUGUUUGAUUAUGCAGAGCAUGAUUUAUGGCAUAUCAUAAAGUUCCACAGGUCUGCAAAGGCAAAUAAGAAGCAAGUGAAUGUACCAAGGAACAUGGUGAAAUCUUUGCUUUAUCAGAUCCUAGAUGGCAUUCAUUAUCUACACUCCAACUGGGUUUUACACAGAGAUUUGAAACCUGCAAAUAUUCUUGUCAUGGGUGAAGGUAGAGAAAAGGGGAGAGUAAAAAUAGCCGAUAUGGGUUUUGCCAGAUUAUUUAAUUCCCCAUUGAAGCCCCUUGCUGACCUUGACCCUGUGGUGGUGACCUUUUGGUACAGGGCCCCUGAGCUUUUAUUGGGUGCUAGACAUUACACUAAAGCAAUAGACAUCUGGGCUAUUGGGUGUAUAUUUGCUGAGUUGUUGACUUCCGAGCCAAUAUUUCACUGUCGACAAGAAGAUAUUAAGACUAGUAAUCCUUAUCACCAUGAUCAACUAGAUCGUAUAUUCAAUGUAAUGGGAUUCCCACAAGAAAGAGAAUGGGAAGAUAUUAAAAAGAUGCCAGAACACCCUCAACUUAUGAAAGACUUCAAAAGGGCAAACUAUGGGAACUGUAGCCUUGUUAAAUACAUGGAAAAACACAAAAUACGACAAGACACGAAAGCUUUUCACUUACUACAGAAACUUUUAAUAAUGGAUCCCACUAAGCGGAUCACAUCUGAGCAAGCAAUGCAAGAUUCUUAUUUUACUGAAGAUCCCAAACCAUCUCCUGAUGUGUUUGAAAAUAUGCCAAUACCUUACCCUAAGAGGGAGUUUCUAACUGAUGAUGAUUCUGAUGACAAACCCAAUACAGGAGCCAGUAAGGCCAAUCAAGACUCCAGCCAUGCACCUCAAGCUAAGAGAGUUAGAGUACAGAUACCCCCUACCACGUCAUCAGCCUCAGACUAUCAGAAGCACAACUACGGCAUGCAAGGAGGUAAUCAAGGACAAUCUAACCAAUCAUACGGCCAGCGUUUCUAACCCAGAAUUGUAGUGAUUCUAGUGAUUUUAAAUAUAACCAGUGACCAACAACACUUUGUAGUUCUCAUCAAAUGUGCACAUUAAUUGGACAUGGGAACAGGUAUUCUCAUUGAAAACACAUGUUAUUGAACAAGUGGUAGACCACAUGUGCAAAUCCAGUGAAAGGAACCAGAGUUAACUUAAUGGAGGAUGGUUCUCAUAUAUGAGGAGUAUUUACCCAGAAUGCUCAGUAUGGACCAAUCCUAUGGGACUUGGGAGCGUAUGAGUUGAACAUCUGUACGGUGUACAGACUUACAUUAAGCAGUUAUAAACAUGCCAUAUUUGUUACUCAUUCAACUUGUGUGUUUAAUGUUUUCCCGGUAAAUUACAAUCCUGGGGAUUUUAUUGGUAAAUUCAUGUUAGAUAAUUUUACGCCAUGUCAACUUUAUUGAGUAAUCUUUAAACACAAUAUAUAUUAUACAUCAAACUGCCAAAAUAGGUCACAUUGGGGAUAUAAUGCCCAGAAAAAUCUAAAGUGGAACAACUUUGAUACCUAAAAAUAGUGUACCGCUUGGUAGGUGUUCCACUUACAGA